AUGAGCACGGCAGGAGCGAGAGAACCGGCAAAGACCGGGGUAAGAAGAGGAGCCGGUGGACGGCGAAAAAACACACAAUCCACGGAAUGAAACAUACUGAUGUGUGCUUCCUGUCAAAGUUCAGCUAUCACACACUUAACGUUCCUUAUUUUGAACAACCUCAUUGCAAGAGCCUGACGUACAAGAGUUGAAGACCCCUGUGUAUUUCCGGAGAAGAGAGACUGUUGUGACUGUCCGCUCCAUUGCCCAGAGAAAUAAAGCGCCUGUUAUUUGAGCGUGUGACCCCGGUGUGUGAGAGGAGGAGUGCGUGACCAUAGUGCGUGUAAGCAGCUCUCCCUAUGUGUGUGACAAUGGGGGACAUCAGUGACCUGGACCGACAGAUAGAGCAGCUCAGACGCUGUGAGCUCAUUAAGGAAAAUGAAGUCAAAGCACUGUGUGCCAAAGCCAGAGAGAUUCUGGUCGAAGAAAGCAAUGUUCAGAGAGUAGACUCUCCUGUCACAGUGUGCGGGGAUAUACAUGGUCAGUUCUAUGACUUGAAAGAGCUAUUUAGAGUUGGUGGAGAUGUUCCAGAGACAAAUUAUCUCUUCAUGGGCGACUUUGUGGACAGAGGCUUCUACAGUGUGGAAACUUUCCUUCUUCUGCUAGCUCUUAAGGUGCGUUAUCCAGACAGGAUAACCUUGAUCCGGGGAAACCACGAGUCCCGGCAAAUCACCCAGGUCUACGGCUUCUACGACGAGUGCCUCCGCAAAUACGGCUCAGUCACUGUCUGGAGAUACUGCACUGAGAUCUUUGACUACCUGUCCCUCUCUGCUAUCAUUGAUGGCAAGAUCUUCUGUGUGCACGGUGGCUUGUCUCCCUCCAUUCAGACACUGGACCAGAUUCGGACCAUUGACAGAAAACAGGAGGUGCCCCAUGAUGGACCCAUGUGCGACCUCCUGUGGUCGGACCCUGAAGACACCACAGGGUGGGGGGUGAGUCCCCGAGGUGCUGGAUACUUGUUUGGAAGCGACGUGGUGGCCCAGUUCAACGCCGCCAACGACAUCCACAUGAUCUGCCGGGCACACCAGCUGGUCAUGGAGGGCUACAAGUGGCACUUCAACGAGACCGUGCUCACUGUGUGGUCAGCACCCAACUACUGCUACAGAUGUGGCAACGUGGCGGCCAUCUUGGAGCUGGACGAGCAUCUACAGCGGGAGUUCAUCAUUUUCGAGGCGGCGCCGCAGGAGACCAGGGGCAUCCCCUCCAAGAAGCCAGUAGCUGACUAUUUCCUGUGAAGUCUUCGAGCAGACAGCCAUGAUGUGUUCGAAACCUCCGUUACCAUUUCACACCCGCCGCACUCCAUCCUGCUGCUGGACGGUUCUGUCAGCCCGAACUCUCCGCAGUUAGACAGAAAACCUGCCAAACCCUCUGAAGCUCCACACAGCCUCAGCUUGACGAGCUGGAUUUUUGCCGCACUGCCCCGAGCCUGACAGAGCAGUCACUGUGAAAGGUGUAGGGCGGAGGUUCAUUCUGGGCCCAUGACUGUUGUCACUUCUUUUCAGCUACAUAAGGUGGUUGUUUUCUUUCUGCCCUCAGCCUCCUUCCAUUUCCACCUGCGGUCCUCCUCUCACUCUCUGUAGAUACAACACACACUCUCCCUCUCUCUCCCUCUCGCUCUCUCUCUCUCUCUCCUCUCCACCACACUCGUGGGCUUUUUUUUUUUUUUUUUUUCAUGACAAACAUUGUCAUUUAGUUUUAGAAGUAUUUGGAAGGAGUUAGUUCUUUUUGUUUUCCAAAAAUAUGCAGAUGUAGGAAUUUUCACAGUUUUAACAUUUAAGAAAUUCCUUCAGUGCAUAUGUUCUUUGUUUUUGAUUUCUUUUUUUUUUUUUUUGGAAUAAUUGUUGCUGCCAGGAUUACAGGAUUGAAUGCAAAAUGACCAAUCCCCCCUCCCACCCUGUUUUUUUUUCUCUUAUGUUUCAUUUUAACUGUCAUUUGUCAUGUGAGACACUAUUUAACAUACCCAGUGCUGCUGCUCAGCACCAUCACAAAUAAAUACCACUGAUGUAAUGACUCCCAGUCGGAGUCACUAUAUUCAGUUGUUUUCUCUCUUAAUUCCUUUUAAUCUACAACUCUCUGUAGGUCUGUCAAUUUUGAUAUUGUGAGAAUAAAGUUUUUGUAUUAAUGCUGA